AGGAGAACAUUAGCGGCGACAAGCCGGCAGACCGUCUCCUCAGGCCUAGCCUGUGUUAAGAACUUCCCAUCUCUCCCUGCAAUACAGAGAGGCAGUCAAGGACAUCAAUUCGCUAGCAUGGAGUAUAUGUCCGCUCUACAGAACGAGUUCGACGAUUUCAAGCCUUCGCUCUUCGAAAUCCUCUCAGAGCAGCAGCUCUCAGCCCUUCUACCCCCGUCUCUCCGCUACGUCCUCGCCGUCGCCACGCACCGACACCCCCGCUACCUUCUCCGUGCCCUCAACUCAUACGACGAACUAUACGCCCUCCUCUCCCUCCUCGUAGAACGCUACUACCUUCGCACCUUCGGCGGCUCUUUUACCGAGAACUUCUACUCUCUAAAACGCGAACGCGUCCUCGCGACCAAAAAUGGCGAGGUUCCACGCGCCCAGCUCGGCGCGGCGGGGCCCGUCCGCGAAACGCUUAAGCUCCGCUCGUCAGACAUAUGGAAGAAUCUGGCUGUGAUGGUCGGGAUACCUUAUUUGAAACGGAAACUGGAUGAAGGAUAUGAUAUCCACGCCGCUCCGCAUGCUGCGCUGGCGGCCAGCGGAGGAGGAGGGCCACGAUAUCAUCCGGACGACGACCUCCCGCACAACCCCACCGUGCGCCAGCGGCUAAUGCACUAUUACAAAUGGUUCCUGCGGAAUGUCUACCCGUCGCUGAACGCGGCGUACUAUUUUGCCAUUCUAGCUUUUAAUCUUGCCUAUUUGUUCGAUAACACAAAGUACUCCUCGCCUUUCCUAUGGCUGAUAGGCACACGGAUACGAAGGCUGGGACCUGCCGACCACGCUGCAAUAGAGCUAGCUACGCAACCUCCAAAGGCGAAGACGAAAACUCCGGGCACCCGGCCCAGCGGUGCAUUGGGCUUCCUCCGCCCGGAGAAUAUAUACCCGCAUCUUCUAGGGUCACUGAAGAUCUUCCUUCCAACCUCCAUAUUCGCGCUAAAGUUUCUAGAGUGGUGGCACGCGAGCGAUUUCUCGCGCCAACUCGCUCGCAAAGCGACAGAGGCACUUGACCUACCCGCCCCGGUUGUCUCGGGCAUGUUAUCGCCUACAGCAGCGACCGCGGCUGCAACAGCGUCUGCUACGGCGAAGAAGGCAACCACAUCCACAACUACCAGCAAAUCGUCCGACAAGCCUUCGAGCUCGCAAACACAUAUCCCCAAACGUCCCAAUCCGCCCCCCAUCUCCUCAACAUCAUACCUCCCCAUCUUCACCGUACCUUUACCAGCCGUCGACCCGGCCGCUGCUGAUGCGAACCCUGCUUCUGCCUCCACUCAAUCCCCCUGCCCAAUCUGUCUCAACCCUCUUAAUAACCCUACAGCCUGCCAGACAGGGUACGUCUUCUGCUACAGCUGCAUCUUCCGCUGGAUAAACGGAGAGCAUGAGCGGCAGAUUGACUUUAUGAAUGGGAAAGGUUCGGAGUGGGAAGAUGAUGGUGAUGGUGAUGGUCAUGGGAGAGAGAAUACGGUACAAACGGUGACUGGAGAGAUGAGCGGUACGGAUGGGGAAGGCGGGAAAGGGAAUGAUCUUGACAAUAAGAGUAGUCGGGUUGGGAGAUGGGAGAGCGGGGAGGGGCGGUGUGCGGUUACUGGGCGCAGGGUAUUGGGUGGUUCGGAGGGGCUGAGGAGGGUGCUUGUUUGAUGUUUUUUUUUAAUCUUUUUUCGUACUGGUUUUGUCAAGGUUGGUUGGGUAGGAUGGGAUGGACAUGAUUUAUAUAUAGAUACUCAAAUUCAGUUUAGAGAUAUGUAUCAUAGAUGUAUGUAGAUAGCAUUUCCUCAUCAAGAUAACUAACUACAUUAGAAUAUCAUCAUAAUACUACAUCA